CCGUGUAGCGGUGUGAAUCUGUCAUAUGAGUGUAUCGCGUAUUAAUGAGACACGAGAAUGAAGCUUUGAAUGGAUAUUUAAUAUCGAUCACACUGAACGGAUCGCAAUACAUCUCUAUAGGUCCCGUUAUUUGUCGUAGUCAUGCUGCUCGCUGUGUGCUCGCGGAGGCCACUGCUCGAUGCCCAUCUGAUCAGGCUCAGCGUCCGCGGGCUGUUCAGUGAAUCGGGGGUUUGGGAGCGCGACUAUAAGGUGGAGACGCGGCGUCGGGUGGAGCAGUGGUGGCACGGCCGCAUACAGGAACAGUGGCAGAGAGAUGCAGCAGAUCAGAGCUCCCGGAAGAAGUUCUACGUUCUCUCCAUGUUCCCGUACCCAUCGGGUCGGCUGCACAUGGGCCACGUGAGGGUUUACACCAUUAGCGACACCAUCAGCCAUUUCCAGAGGAUGAGGGGCCAUCAGGUGUUGAACCCGAUGGGCUGGGAUGCGUUUGGUCUGCCGGCUGAGAAUGCCGCCAUCGAACGAGGCCUGGACCCAGAGGACUGGACCAAAAGUAAUAUUGAGUCCAUGCGGAAGCAGCUGGACAGUCUGGGGCUCUGCUUUAAUUGGGAUCGGGAGGUCACUACAUGUCUGCCCGAUUAUUAUAAGUGGACUCAGUAUCUGUUCAUCAAGCUGUUUGAGGCUGGACUGGCCUAUCAGAAAGAGGCGCUGGUGAACUGGGACCCUGAGGAUCAGACGGUUCUGGCAGAUGAGCAGGUGGAUGAGAGCGGUCGCUCGUGGAGGUCUGGAGCUGCUGUGGAGCAGAGGCUGCUUAAGCAGUGGUUCAUCAAAACCACCAACUAUGCCAAGCCUCUUCUGGAUGCUUUGGCAGAUCUCCCCGAAUGGUAUGGAGUCAAAAGUAUGCAGGCCAACUGGAUUGGCGACUGCUCAGGCUGCUUUUUCAACCACAUAAUGAAGGUGGAUGGUCGUGACUCAGGUGAGGUGUUGGCUGCAUACACCGGUUCUCCAGAGGCUGUGUUCGGAGCGGCCUAUGUCUCAGUCCUGCCCUCCCACCGGCUGUUGCACGGCUCCAGUACCCUCAAAACGGCUCUGCUCAGAACCCUGAGACCCGGCAGAGGCAUCCCAGAUAGCAGUGAGCAGGAAGCAGAGUUGGCUCAGUGUCUGGGUUUGAGCUGGAUUUCUGUUCUGAAGACAGAACAAGACGGAACACAGACUCUAAUAAACUCAGAUGAGUUCACAGGUCAAAGCCGGGCAGAAGCUUUUAACUCUGUUACCCAGAAAGCUCGGGAGAGGAACGCUGGUGGAUACCUCACUAGUGCCAAGUUGCGUGAUUGGCUGAUCUCGAGGCAGCGCUACUGGGGCACACCCAUUCCCAUAGUGCACUGCAGCGCAUGCGGGCCUGUGCCAGUUCCAGUGGAGGAGCUGCCAGUCAUGUUACCUAAAGUACCGUCCCUCUCAGGGAAAGGGGCGUCGCCCUUAAAGACGGCACAGGAUUGGCUGAGAUGCCAGUGUCCGAGGUGUAAAGAGCCGGCGGAGAGAGAAACAGACACCAUGGACACCUUUGUGGAUUCCUCCUGGUACUAUUUCAGAUACACUGACCCUCAGAACCCGCUGAGGCCUUUCGAGCGCUCGAGAGCGGAUCACUGGAUGCCUGUGGAUGUUUAUAUCGGAGGGAAGGAGCACGCCGUCAUGCACCUGUACUACUCACGCUUCCUCAGCCACUUCUGCAGAGACCAGGGCAUGGUUUCACACAGGGAGCCCUUCAGAAAGCUGCUGGUCCAGGGUCUGAUAAAGGGGCAGACGUUCAGGGUGGCAGAGACUGGCCAGUACCUCACGAAAGAGGACAUCGACUUCUCAGGUCCGGAGCCCAUUCAGAGGGACAGUGGCAGCCGACUGCAGGUCACAUGGGAGAAGAUGAGUAAAUCCAAACACAACGGGCUGGACCCGCAGGAGGUGCUACAGCAGUACGGCCUCGACACCAUGCGCCUCUACCUUCUGUACGCCGCUCCACCCGAGCAGGACAUCUUAUGGGACGUCAAGACUGAUGCCAUCCCAGGUGUGUUGCGGUGGCAGGCCCGUCUGUGGGGUUUGAUCACCAAACUGAGAGCUGCACGCGAGGGUCCAGAGACGCCCAACCCGUCCGUCCUCAACAAGAGAGAACGAUCAGAGGCCAAGAAGAUCUGGGAGAACAAGAACUACGCCAUCACACAGGUCACAGGUCACUUCACAGAGGACUUCCUGUUUAAUGCGGCCAUCUCUCGGCUCAUGGGCCUGACCAACACACUCUCACAAGCCUCAUCUCGAGUGGUUCUGCACAGCGUGGAGUUUGAGGAGGCUUUGGCAUCGCUCUGUGUGAUGGCGGCACCCAUGUGUCCACACUUAGCUUCUGAACUCUGGGCAGGUUUGUCUCAGGUGAGGAAUCCUCUAGGAAGUGUGCUGUUGGGGAAGGGAAGUGUGCUUCAGCAGCCAUGGCCUAGUGUGGAUCCAGAGUACCUACAAACACCUGACACACUGCAGCUGUCCAUACGGAUCAAUAAUAAGGCGUGUGGGAGUGUAUCUGUACCUCGUGAAGUGGCUCAGGACGCACAGAAGGUUCAGGAGCUAGUGCUGAACAGCCCUCUGGGUGCCCGUCUGCUCUCUGAGCGGGUCAUUAAGAAGGCCAUCCUCUCGCCCAGAACGGCCCUCAUCAACUUUCUGGUGGACGAAUAACGUGAUAGGCCUUACUGGACUUCCAGAAUGGACCGUGCGUGAAAAGACGCAGAUAUCCAAAGAGCCACAUCACUGAAGGAUUUUUGAAAAGUGAACAAAUAAGGACAUGGUGUACUGAGUAACUUUUCAGUUUUACAAGAUGUUCUUGUUGAGUUGAAAAUGAAAACGGCUUUGCUCUUUGUUGCUAAAUAAAGAGGAUUUUAGGUGAUUUUCAGGUUAAUAGGAUACAUGUUUUGCCCUCGUCGUCACAGACUCUAGGCUGGUCUGGCAGUGUUAGUGUUUGGUAAUGAGCUAUUUCUGAAUGACCAGUUUUAGCCUGACAUCACAACACCUCGAACAGACCUGCACUUCCUGAAAUGGAGAUGUGGAGAUCAUGCUAUGCUUUCAGACAA